CGUCGGCAGCGGGCGGAGGCUGGCCGGCCGGGGACAUGAUGCGGGUUGCCAGUGUAUCGAGGAGUUGCCAUGGGACCCGGGGCUUCAGCAAACUGACCGGGCGCCGGUUCUUCAGCGAGGUGGAAGGAAAACAGUCUCCCAUUAAUUAAUUAAUCACACUUUGGACGGCCGCAAUCUCGGCUGGGCAGAGCAGCGAUUUUUUUGUUUGUUUUUGUAAACAAAAAGAAGAAAUUGCGAGCAAGAAGUUGCGCAGCGAGUCUGACAUGAACUGCUGAUGUUUUGGAAGUAUUUUUUUUAAAGGUCUCUGUUGCAUAUCCAGCCUCUGCCGCGCGGCGAUGCGGGUAACUCAACUGGCUGUGGAGAAGCAGAAACUGUGUCAGACUGUAACAGACUGAAUACAUAAGGGUCCCGCAUUCAACAGCCUGAGACUCGGCUCCCAGCUUGUGUUUCCACUCCGUCGUUUUCUUUGGAGAAUCAGUUGCAGCCGGUGCGAGGCGAUGGCUCUGUAUUACGACGAAGAUGACGAGAGGGAAUACUAUGAAUUUGAACCGCUGCCUACGCUUCUGGAAGACGAGGAGAAUGUGUCCCUUGCUGAUAUACUGUCAUUGCGGGACAGCUGCCUCAGUGAGCAGGAUAUCUGGGCAGCCUGCCUAGAAUGUUGUCUUUCAAUGAGGAGCAUUGCCCACACUCCGCUCUUUCAUACCCUCUGCAUUACCCCAGAUACAUUGGCCUUCAACGCAAAUGGAAAUGUUUGCUUCAUGGAGCAGCUGAGUGAUGACCCAGAAGGUGCAUUUGUUCCUCCUGAAUUCGACGUAACUGGCAACACUUUUGAGGCUCAUGCGUACUCAUUGGGAGCGACACUUGCUGCUGCUGCUGAAUAUGUGAUAGAGCCAGAGUUAAAACCAAAUCUCAGCAAAGAAUUAAAGAGCCUCCUCGAUCAAAUGCAGCAGGAAAAACCUGAAGAGAGGCCAGAUAUUGAGAUUGUCCUCAGCACAUGUGAGGAAAAACUGAAAUGCUUAUCGUCCGAUAUUAUUUGCCGUAAUCUCUCAGCCAUCGGCAGAAGAGUACUUUCAAUUGAAUCAGUGGGUGCUUUUCAAGAUGGAAGUGAAGAAACCUAUAAAGAGAAAAAGCGGCAGGCAGGUGUAGGUCACGAACUACAAACAAGUGAACGUAAUCCAGCGGAUGGGUCUUCAAGUACCGAGGAUCUGGCAUGUGACUUAAGCAUGCUUACCAGUGGUACCAUUGAGCUUGUCUGCCAGGCUGAGAAGGAUGCUCAGGAUGUAGAUCCAGAUGAUUCCACAACUGAAAUCCUUGAGGUUCUGCAACAAGACUCAGAAGACACUACUAAUGCAGCAGAGAAAUGGGUGGGAAAUGAGGGAGAGCUGUCCCUGGACCUUGCCGAUGCCAUUGCUGAUGGGAAAACCAAAGGAGAACAGGCUGACAGCAAUUUAUCUCUUCCUUCAAAACGAUCCUCAACCAGGAAGAGAAUAUUGCCUAAAUUACCAACAGAAAUGGCAGACAGUGCCCAGCAACAGCUUCAUUCCAAGAUGGACCUUGACGGCUCUUUCACGCCUAUUCCUUCUCCAGUUUCACUUUCCAAUAUUGCAGCAGAAUCUCUGUAUUCUUUGGACAUACUAAGUAGUAAAGACUGCUCUCAGAAGGCACAGUUUAGGACUCAGAAUAAUGAUGUUUGUUUUCUCGCAAGGAAUAGCCUUCCUUUCGGAAGGCUGUCUGCAAAUAGUUCAAGUGAGCACAUCCGCAAGGUCGCCAGUGUAGAAGCAAUAAAUAAGAAUCUGUCCAGUAUUCUUAACUCUACAUUCGAUGAAAGCUCAGAACAAUUCGUAAAAUAUUCCUCUGUUAUAGGGAAAAAGUCUUCCAUUAAAAAGCUGAAAUCUAAAUUCUCACCAAUAUCAGUUCCUUCUUCAGACACGCCAAGCCAACUGGGCCCUUUGCCACCGUGUGGAAUCUUACUAGAAUCAAAUACCGCAGCAGGACACUGCAGUAACAAUGUCCCAGCAACAAGAGGACAUGUUUUUAACAUGAGUAAUCAUAUUUCAACUGCAGCAAGAACUUCUGGUAGUAAUCACAGAAAUGAUUCCAAACAAAGCCAUUCCCCUAGUGUAAAUGAUUUAUCACAAAACAAUGUUCUGCUGUUUAGAAAUAUCACACAACACUGUGAAGAUGAAGACAUUGAGCCACUGCCUCCCAUCAGAGCUACUGAUAAUUGUCCUGCAGAAUAUCCGGGCGAUCAGCAGUGCAUUUCACUCAAGGAACUUCUCUCUGAGGAUAAUAAAUCUCUGAGGGAUCAUGAACUGUGGGCUCUCUGCCAUGAGUGUUUGAUCAGUCUGAAGCACUGCAAAGAUUAUCCAGAAUACCUCUGUCUCGAGUCUGCAUACAUAGAUCCCAGUGGAGAAGUCCUGUUUGUGUCAUCAGUGAACAAUGGUAAUCUGGAUUCAUUCUACCUAGCACCUGAAUUUGUUAAGCAAGGAGUUAUUACUGAAAAGGUCUGUGUUUAUGGAGUUGCGGCCAUUUUGUGGACAGCAGCUAAAUUCAAUGCUCCAUUGAAUCAAAAGUUACCCUUGUCCAAAAAUCUCAAGAUGUUGCUGCUGGAUAUGGCAAAGAGAACAUCCGCAGAAAGACCUUCAAUUACUGAGGCACUCAAGAUUUGUAACGAGUAUCUUAUAAAUCGAGGAAUUGACAGCAGAGAGGUUUUAAUUUUUCUGAGGAAUUCCGUUCUGCAGAACUUCCACAGGAAAGAAAUGACUGUCAAUGGACUCAAUUACAAAACUGAGAAAUUAGAACAUUCGUAUUCUUCACUGGAAAAUGCAACAUUUGCCCAGGAAUCAUCCAGAUUAGGAUUUGUACCUCUUGCUAUUGACAGUAAGCUGACAGCAGUCAAGGGCCCAAUUCCUUGUCAGGUUUCUGUAAACACCAAGUCCCCUUCUAAACUUCCGGAGGCCUUCACCUCCCCAGCCACCCAUUUCAAACCUAUAAUCCUUACACAGAGCAAAGAGAAAACAAGUACAAAUGCAUUAAAUAAAUGUCCAGGGUCCAAAGAGUUUGUUAAAGCCACGAAAGAGGGAAUCCAGAAUAAACAGGGGGCAAUGCCUAGUGAAGGUAUUGAACAUGAUGUCGUUGUGGAAACGUCCCGUUUGAACUUUAAGAAUGAGACUUUGGACAGAACAAUGCACACAGCAGCAUCUUUGAAGUCUUUGCUAAACCAAACGAAUAACAACCUGAGUUCAUCUGCAAACCUUUCUCCAGCGGUUGAAAACAAGAUAAAUAUACCACACACAAUUUUUUGUCAGCACCAGGAUGCAAAUUAUUUUUCUGCAGCCGUUUCCACCACAUCAGUGGAUGAUGUUCUUCUUCACUUGCCUGCGCUGGAGCAUGUAACCCUCCUUCCGAGUACUUGCGGAGGAAAGUUAAAUAGCCUCUUCCCAGAAUCUACAGUCAUUUCAUGUAGGGAAACUGGUAAAAACAGUGGGGGCGGUUUUAAAUGUAUUGGUUCUCAAUCGCAGAGCACUUCCAAUCCUAAGCUCAAUGGAAACGUUGAUGAAAAGUCUUCGAUCAAACCACAUUCUGGGUCAGAUCCUUCCACUGACAAUCUUAACAAUGUUGUAGAUUUUAAGAGUGUCGCAGAAAUACCGUUGUCUGACAGAUGUUUGUUUGAGCAGGAGUCCAUGGCUGUCAGAAACGAAUUAAAAACAGUCACAGCCACUCCAAGCAUUUCUGCAGAAAUGUCAGAAAAUAACCAUAUACCUUCUGCAUGCAUCCCAAUAUCUCCUCAAGACAACCUAAAGGCAAUAAAUUCAUCAAAUUCAGAACCUAUCGAUCUUUUGCAAAAAACUAUUCAUCUGAUAAAGGAAGAGUUUGCAUAUGAUGGUUACUUAGAGCAUGAUGAAGAAGCCAGUAUCAUGGGUGAGUACAUCUUAUCCUUGAAAAGUCUUGAGUUCAGUACAUUCAGUAGUGCUAUAUCGGAGAAGUUUUAUGACCUCUACUGGGAUGACAGCCUACUGGAACGGCUUUACGAGGUUGUUAAUGGAAGCCCUCCGUAUUCUGCAACAUUGUCGAAGGUCGCAAUAAAGCCAGUAUUUAAUGAUUGUAACCCUACACUACAAAAUAAAACAAAGGAAAAGAAAUUGUUUCUUGUGCAGAAGAGACAAAGAGGUGGCAAAGAUGCUUGGGAUAAAACAAUGCUCAGAUCGGAAAAGGAAACAGUUGAUAUGGAAACCAGAGAAAUCUGCAAACAACCUCAAUUAUCACGUUCAAAUCCACCAGAAUUGAAACUGAACCAUUUUUCUGACAAUCUGGUUGCAGCUAAAUGCAAGGAGGACCAGCUCCAAACCAAUGCUGAUGUGAUUCAUAGGCAAGAUAUCAGUAACACAAUGCCAAAUGCAACUGACUUGACGAAGCUAGAGUCAGGUAAUGGUGACGAGAAAGAAAACAUGUCAAAACAUUUACAUCCGAUGGAAAGUAGUUGCCAGAUUACUGCUGAAAGUUGUAUUUCAUUUGAAGGUGUAAAAUUUAGCCAAAGUAAUGAAGUGAGGGAAGGGAAUGCCAGCCUAAUAACAGAGUCAAGUAUGGGGAAAAAGAGAUGCAAUCCAGGGUGGAAAAGUGCAAUGUUUGGAAUUGAGUGUUUCAACCAGCAAAUGAAGACGUGCAAAAAACAACCAGAUCAACUCAACUCUAAUGAAGAAGAGAACAUAGAAGCCAAAUUGUCGGAACUUGAACAACAGCUGAUGAUGGAGAUUAAAAAUUUCAGAAAAACGAAAACAUUUUAUCAGAAACUCCUUCAACAAGAAAAAGGUUGCAAAGGGACUGAUGCAAAGAUGUUGCUGCCUAAACUUAAGCAAGAACUUCAGGAGAUAAAGGUGAAGGUGGAGCAGCUUGAUGAGGAGAAGAAGUAUCUUAAGAUGUUGCGGAUGGAGCUGUGGGGCCUGGAUUCCUCUCUGCUCCUUUCACUGGUCAGCUCUCCGUUCCAAUUGAAAGCGCUGGAUCGCAAGGCCAGCGAUAGCAUUUCCUUUCUCACUUUUCAUGCUCCGGGGAGUGAUCAGAACCACAGUGAGAACAAGACACAAGCACUCCAGGCUGGCACAGUGGGGGGUUUGAUGGCUUACCUUUACAGCAGUAAUGCUGUAAUGGGAGGAUAUGUUCAGCAAUUCUUUUACACAUUUCGUUAUUUCACAUCACCCUGUGAAUUCCUCCAAUUUCUGCAAGAUAGAUUCAACAGUGUCACGGAUAUCAGCCUGAAACAAAAGGGGUCACCUGAUUGCAUGAAGGUGUACAAUCGAAGUUUAGAUCUACUGCAAGCUUGGAUUGAAGAGUGCUACAGUAUGGACUUUGUACAGGAUGCUGUUAUUCUACACAAAUUAGAAACUUUUGUUUCCAGAAAGGUUAUUCCGAUUGAUGUCCGGGGCCAAUAUUUAAUUAAUUUACUUAAAACCCUCUCCGAUGGUAAAAUGGCCUUUACACUGUCUUACUCCAGCUUCAAUUUUGAGGACAUGAAGAUUGACGAAGAUAAUGAUUCAGUUCACUCAGUCUCUAUAAAAUGUUCCGAUGAAGAUAUUUCCAGAAAGAGUUUUAAGUGGAAGAUCACGAAAAGCAUGGAGUCAUCGAGCCCUCAUCAUAAGGAAAGAUGUAACAAUACAGCAGCUGCCCCUCCAAGGCCUUGUUAUAAUAACUUUACAACAGAACACUUGGGAGUUUACCAGAAACCUGGUCACAAAGACCACUUCACAUUGGCUGUUUACAGCGCACAGCAUAUAGCCCAGCAACUGACCUUACUGCAACAGGAGCUGUUCCAAGAUUGUCAUCCAGUCCAUUUUCUGAAUUCAAGAUCAUUUGGCAUAAAUGACACACCCUCUACAGUUCUAAAAUCUGUUACUUCAGAAGUCACGUCCUUAGAAAGCAACAGUUUAUUUGUUCCAAAAUACAAACAGCACCAAUAUCUCCAUCAGCUGAUUAAAUAUGCAGACAACGUGAGCCGCUGGGUCUCUGCUGAAAUUGUCACAUGUAACACGUGUAAGUCACAAAGUGCGCUCCUGUCUAAAUUUCUGUCCAUUGGGAAGUUUUGUUAUGAAUGGAGAAAUUUUGCCACAGCCAUGCAGAUUCUUAGUAGCCUGGAAAACCUAAUAGUCCGCCAAUUACCUUCAUGGAAAAGCUUGUCCUCAAAGGCUCUGGAAAUCAUGGAGGAACUAACUGGAGUACAGGUUUUCCUGAAGAGCGAUAGCCUUUGUUUGAUGGUGGGAGAUAGUUUCAAAACACAAUCAACAAUACCAUGUGCUCGUAUAUUGGCAAUGCAUGUCCAGCAACUAGAAAUAGGUGCCUUUACCAUGGCCAAUGGCACUUACAAAUGGCCAAAACUAAGGAAAAUAGCGAAGGUGAUUAGUCAGAUCCGAGCAUUCCAAGAAAAACCCUAUAUGUUUACCCCUGAUCUGGAGCUCCAGACCCAUCUGAGACAACAAAUAUCUAAUUUCAGUGAUGUGGAUGUCCAUGCUCUUGCUGCAGAAAAUAAGCAUAAUUUCUACCAGUGCCCAACGGAGAGGCAUUCACGGAAGAUUCAGGACACGCUGCGUAAAAUGAAAGCAACAUUUCAGUGAAUCUUUCAAUGAUGUAUUUACCUGGUUAGGGAAAUAACUAGUUGUGUCCUUCUUUAAUGUGUACUUAGUACAAAGUCUAAUAUUAUUAAAGAACAGAUGCGCCUUUUGAAGGGUUCUUUUAUAUUUCACAAAAAAGAAUUGAUUUGUGUGAGCAAAUUAUAAAUCAAAGCGAUAGAGAGCUGUGGUAUUUUCAAAGUUUCUCUUUGGCAUUGGUGGGUAACAAUAGGCUCCAAACAACUCAAAUUCUACAAAUAUUCCUCUACUGGCAUUGCCCUGGAACUUGUUUUUUUUGUUUAAUACACCGACCUAACAUUACCCAAAUGUCCACAUUGAUCAUCUAGGAAGGAACUGCAGAUGCUGGUUUAAACUAAAGAUAGACGCAAAAUGUUGGAGUAACUCAGCGGGACAGACUGCAUCUUUGGAGAGAAGGAAUGGGUGACGUUUCAGGUUGAGAUCCUGCUUCAGACUGAUAUCAGGGGAGGGGGCGGGACAAAGAUGGAAUGUGGUCCAUCUCAAUCUAAGACUGGUGGGAGAACUGGGAAGGAGGAAAAGCAAGGGCUAUCUGAAGGGAUAUACCUUGCUUUCUCUCUCCAACCCCUCCAGUUCAUUUUGAUGCGUACGGAACAGUUUGAAUUUGAUUCAGUCACUGCCAUAUUAAUGGAAGUGAAGAAAUUCAAUGAGAUUUUCAAUAGAAAUGUGAGGUGGUCGGGCUUUGAACUAACAAGAAUUUCUACUACAUGUUGAUCAGGAUUAUUCCCAAAUAUUCCGAAUAAUAUUGUGCCCUAGUAUAAACAUUCAUUUUAAUAGUCAUUUUUCUUUAGGGAAAUAUCUUCACCCAACUUAGUAAGUAUAUCAGGCGGUAAAACUGGGUGAUAUCUUCUUGGAAAUCAUAAGUGUAGAACAGCAGCCAUUCAUUCUUUGGCAUUCAGUUCGGAAUAUUGUAUAAACAGCUAUCAAUAAUUACAUAAGAUGUUUCACUCAGAGCUUCUUCAGUGAAAAUGAAAUGUUGUUUUCUUAUAUCAAGCUUAUUAAACAUCAUCUGUGUUUUGUAACUAAAGGUGUAAAAGCACUCACAAUUGCAUAGCAUUGUAACAGCACUGGCAAACUGCACAAUAAAAAAUAUUAUGCAUGAGA